ACCUCAUGAUGCCAUUUAGCAACAGAUGAGCAGCGAUACAUGCAUGUACAUUUUGGUCAGCCAGGGACACGCAUUACCGUCGCUGGUGUUCCUUUAGGAAUACUUCUGAGUGUGUAAUGUUUGUGUGGGUCGCGGUGCAGCCUCUUUUUGUUGCACCGUAGCCGGGGUCAGUGGGUUAGAGGCUUCCUGAUCCACACCGCGUGUGUUAUUGCUGGCACUGACUUUCAGCGGUGGAAUCGCUAUGGUUGUGCUAUGGAUGGUACCGCUGCUGCUGAUACCACUCCUGAUGUGGACCAGCAGCACGUUUGUUUUUUAUUUCAAAAAGUGCUUUUACGUCGCCUGGAUGAUGGUACUGGCCUUGGUUGCAAUUCCCCUGUGUAUACUGAAAAGCGGCGGUAGAGACAUUGAAAAUAUGAGGGUUGUCCGCUUCUUGGUUCGACACGUGAAGUACUUCCUGGGUUUACGAUUCGAGGUCAGCGGAUGGGAGCACCUGCAGACACAAGGACCCUACGUCAUCAUCUCCAACCACCAGAGCUCCUUGGACGUAUUGGGCCUGAUGGAGAUCUUACCGGACCGCUGCACCAUGAUCGCCAAGAAGGAGCUGAUCUACGCUGGCACAGUCGGCCUCAUCUGCUGGCUGGGCGGCAUCGUCUUUAUCAACCGCAAGAAGACGAGCGAUGCCAAAAGUGUCAUGGCUGAAGCUGCCAAAACCAUGUUGGACGACCAGAUUCGUCUGUGGGUGUUCCCAGAAGGUACGCGGAACCAGAGAGGUGACCUGCUGCCCUUCAAAAAAGGCGCUUUCCAUCUGGCAGUGCAGGCGCAAGUUCCCAUCAUACCUGUUGUGUUCUCCUCCUACAGCAACUUCUAUCUACGGAAAGAAAAGCAGUUCAAAUCAGGGACCAUCAGAUUGAAGAUCCUCCCAAAGAUUGAGACGAAGGGCAUGACGUCAGACGACGUGUCAUCCCUUUGUGACAAAUCCUUCGACCUGAUGCGCUUGGCCUUCCUGGGCAUCUCUGACUCCGUGACCCAGAGCAACGGGCCUUUGAGCCACUGAACACUCAUCGUACUCAUCCUCUUUUUCUCCAAUGUCCCUGUCUGAGACCCAUUCCUCCCCUAGACCUCCCCGCAGCCCCCAGGUUGUCCCAUUACCUGGCCAGGAAACAACAUGACACAGGUCUCUUGUCAUGAUAUCUCUUCUUGUCUAGUUGACGCCUGGUCCAGUCCGCCUCUGGCCUGACCACACAGCACAGUCAGUCCCGACCCUCACUGUGUCUGCAGCAGCACCUGCAGUAGCACUGCUCUGCACGCCGUGAGCGGAGUGACGGACGGCAAGCCGAACAGUACGGAUGUGUGUUGUUCUUCAUGCAUGCCUUUUGGAUGGCUUUGUCCACCUUCAUCCUUGCUUUGGAAGCCGUUGGCUUUGUUGUUGUCUUACUUUGUUGUUGUUCUUUUUUUUUUUUUUUGUACUUUUUUUGGCCUUCUCUGCUUUUUUUUCCUUCUGCCUUCUGUUUGGAAGAUAAACCAUGGCAUUUUCUCUCUCUUCUGUUCAUAAAUGUCUGUGGAUAUUUAUGUGUUCUUCUCAUGCUGGCUUUGUUUUAGUUAUCUUUGGAUGCUUACACACACAUUCAAAGUGGCCUACCCCAUCUCCUUCCUUCCUUUCCUUUCAGUGUGCUCUUUCCCUUUUUGCAUUCCAGUCUCUUGCCUAAAGACAAAAGGAGCGGGGUCUCCACAUGCAGUACGGAGUGUGUGGAGGCGACACUGAUUUCUCAGUUUUGGUCGCAAUGAAUUAAACUCUGUAUCCAUAUUGGCUUCACAAAACUAUGACCAAUAGCUCCAUGACAUACUCCAUGAUGUCAAACAGCAAGGAAUUCAAGGUUACAAGACACAGUGUAUAACAAUAGCACCCAUCUGUACUGAAUUAAUGGACUUUUAAGUGGACUGAUCAGUUUUCAGUGUUGUGCAUUGUUGGUGUAUCAUUGUGCAUUCUUUCAGUUUGUCUCUCCAAAAGAUUAGAAGUAAUCUGCUUUCAGCUACGAGCAAAUGUCUUCUUGCUGUAUUCUGUAUAUUUGCUCUAUUUAUUUCUGCAUCGGACGAUCUUGUUUUUGUUGUUUUUAAGGAGGGAAAAAAAAAAACGUGCUCACAGUUUUUCGCUCCUCGGAAUGGAUUCACAAGUGAACCUAUCCAAGACGUGUCAAAAAGGUGAUUUCAUAAAGUGCAAUGUCCAGCUCUUUUAGCAUUACUGUUCCAAAGUGCAAAGCUUCCUGCUGUGCCAAGACAAAAGUGUUUUUUGGGAAGUUUCCGAUGUAAACCCAUUGUUAUCUUAGAAUGACCUGCUUAAUGAGUCAUCCACCGACAGAUUUCACGUAACCCCAGUAUCUAAAGUAGUUCUCAGCUGUAGGAUGGAGGGUUAAACUUGUAAAGUUGUACAAAUGAUUUCUGCUUCUGUUAGACUGACAUUGUUUUUCUUUUUUUAUCUGUUCUGAUUACCUUACAAAUGUACUAAUUACUAAAAACCAAUAAUACUCAAGUCUAUUUACUUUAAUGUACUCGCUGAUUGGAAAUGUGAAUGGUCAUCCCUAUUUCAAGUAACGAAACUGGCUAACAUUACUGUGAUUCAGUCAUUAGUAUUUGAUCUUGUACAAAGUAUGGAAAUUUUGGCCUUAAAAGAUUGAUUUGUUGUUGUUGUUGUUGCACUUUGGAUUAUGCAGAUAGUUAUACUUUUGUUAGUUUUUAUUUUUAUGUACGUACUGACAAUGACCUCUAACCAGAUAGAACUGAUUUACCUGUUUUUAUUUCACACCCAGGUCUUACAUUUCAUGGUAUUCACUGCCUUUACUUGUUUUCAAACUGACUCGGCUCAUCCAACACCAUCGGAGAAUGUAUUUCCGCAUUCAGGAUACCUGUGUACUACUAAUGCAUCUUACUGAUUUUAUUUUUAUUUUAUUUUAUUUUAAGUUACUGUAUUAAUGGACCAGUGUGUGGGAUUUAUUGGCAUUAAGUGGUGAGGUCGGAGGUUGCUGUUGGUGAGUGAGGGUAAGAGAGCCCAUAGUUGAUGUAAAAAAUGUGAAAGGCCUUCUUUAGAGCCAAUGUUGAUGAUGAAAUGGCAGACCUGGUAGGCAAUGUGGCAUCAAGCAACACAAUACGAGGACUCUGCUCACUAUGUAAAUACAGAGGGCUCAUCCUCAUUCUCAUUCUCAGCCCAUUAGCAACUACUUUCAAUACGAUGACGAAUAUUUGAUUUGUGUAGAUCCUCCUAAAUCCUACACACUGGUCUCUAAAAUGGGAUGUUGCCGUGUAUACAGUUGUCAUCAAAUUCAGACGUAUUUAUUUGCGCAUAAAAUUUUACAGUACAUUGAUACUCAGACUGACUUGUUCUGCACAAAGAAUUAACACAUCGGUCUGAUGUCUGUAAACUGCUGUUCAUAGAUGAGUGCGACAGUACUUGAACCUACUCUGGGCUUCAAACAUAUAUUGGUCAUUUAUAGUGUGAAAUACAAGCCCCUACUAAUAUAAAUUAUCUAAUUUUUUCCUUUUUAAAUUUUAAUAUAUAUUGAAUUUUUCUCCUGUCUGUUCAAAAAAAUUUAAUUUUGCCUUUGCAGCAAGUGGCUUGAAUGUUAAAAAGUAACUUCCAAAUUGGUUUCUUCCAAAAUAUGAAUUAAAGUAUAUUAUACAUUUUGCUAAAUGAGUGUUUUAUCCAUCUAUUUCCAGUUCAUUUCUCAGUUCUUUUGUAAUACAGAUGUCUGAUUUGUAAGCGUUGUGUCAUGAGUUCCAUCCGGUGGCUCUGCAACAACAGUCCUGCUGGUUGAUUUCUGGGCUCUUGUUUACGAAAUAAAACCGACCGUAAAAGGAAAAAUUCAAAGCAUCGUGAACCUUAAUAAAGCACUUUUCCUGCUGAGUUUGGGUGGAAUAAUUGAAAAAAAAUGGACUGAUUUUCACCAAAGCUAUUAAAAGUGUAAUAGGUGGUAGCUUUAGAUGGAUAUGAGAAACACAGCUGACAUCCUACAGAGCCUUGUACGUGUGUGGUCCCUCCAUAUGUGUGUACAUAUGCACACAUGGUAUACGCCCAUUAUACUAUCUAGUUAAUAUUGAUGAUGUAGUAUUCUUGAUUUCACCUAUUCUGGGUAAACGUGAAUGCCUUGCAAAAGAAUACAUACAAAUAAAUUCUCUUUUUCUUA